AUGGUUGAGGUUGAACAAAUCAACCUCUUGAGGGAAAAAGUUCAUGCGUAUGAACAAGAGAAAGAGACAAUAUUAACAAUGGUGAAGCAACUGCUAGAUAAAGACAAGGAACGAGAAGAACGUCUGAAGGACCUUAGUGAAGAGAAUUUCCAAAAAGAUAAAGAAGUUCAAGAACUGAAAACUCUAUUGAAAAAACGUGAUGAACUACUGGAAGAAGGUGAAACAGAUAUGAUGGAGUUGAGAAAGGAGCUGGAUGAGGCGAAAACGAAUCGAAAAGCGUUUGUUGCUGACUUAGAAAAGCGUUUAUUGGAUAUGGGAGAACAGGUAUCAGUGAAAUGUAGUCAGCUGUCAAGCGUAGAACUUGCAAAAGCACAUUUGGAGAAGAAAUUGAAAGAGCGAGAGAGGGAAAUCGAAGAGUUACAACGAAGGAAUCUUCAUGAUGAGUCAUCAUUUCUGCACAAUCAGUCAGCAUUGAAUUUAGAUGCUGCUGAACUCGCUAAACUUCAGAAAGAAGCUGAUGAAAAUGAAGAAUAUAUAAGAAAUAUGAACGAUGCAAUGGAGCGUUUACAACAAGAACUAAUUGAAAAAAGCCGUGAGACAGAAGUGAUGAUCGCGCAGUUAGAUGAGUUGAGAUCGUUGUGUAAUGACUACAGACGUGAUGCCGAGGAAUCACGAGCACGCAACGCGGAAUUAACAGCCGAACUAGAGAACGAUCGAAAUAAUGUUAAAGUUGCAAAGAAAGGAAACUCGAUGUUCGCUGAGUUUGUUGAUGAGCGUUUAAAACUGGAGAAAGAUUUGAUAAAGCUAAAAACUGAAAAUGAUUGGUAUCGUGCGAAAUACGUCAACUUGGAGAAGGAAUCAGAAUGUCUCAGACAGCAGUUGGUGCAUGCACUUGCGAUACCAUCAGCCGGUGGAGCAUCGAGUGAUGUGACUGCACUGCAGACGGAAAUCUCGGAAUUGAGAGCUGAAUUGCAUUUGACCAAAGAGAAGUUGCUUAAUGCCAAUAAAGAAAAUACAACAACAGUAAUGAGUCGAAAUAUGGACGGGGUUGGCAGAAAUUUUAGUGAUGCUGUUAUACGAAAAAUAAGUGAGGAAAAUUCACGAUUGAUCAAGAAAAUUGACGAGCUGAAACGAGAUCGUGGCGAUUUGUUCGAUCAGUGUCGAGAAAAGGAACGUAAAUUAGCCACCGAAUUAAGAAAGCGAAAAGAAUCAGAGGCUGAAAUUAAAUCACUCCGAAUGCAACUGAAUGUUGCGAGAUCUGCGAAAAGACCACAACUUGUCGCGCACGCGAAAGAAUGUUUGAAAGAUCGCGUUGAGAGUGUGCAAGACUAUGUGGAGAAUCUACAAGUGGUAGGUGGAUGCGACUCGCUGAUGACUUUGAGCGAUACGACACGAACCGCAACACAAUAUUCGUCGAAUAAUGACGAGAAUUUCAACUCUGACUUUACGAAUAAUAACAAUAAUAAUACAAAGACGAAUCACAAAACAUUCACUGAAUUUAUUGGUGCACCGAGAGCGAUUUCGAGUGAAUCUGAUGAGAAAGACGACUCGCGUGCAAAUGUCAAUUCGGAUGGGGAUCAUCGUCGAAGUAGAGAACGAAAGCAAUCAGAUGAAAAUGAGGCAUCGACCGGACAGAAUAUGGAUUUGGCAGAUGAUAAUCAGCAUGAAACUGAUCUGCGGAUGUCAUUCCACACGUCAGCGUCUGCAUCGUCGAGCACGUUCAAUUCGUCGAUUAAGGUCAGAACACCGUCACCCGCUUUUGAUGCAGUACCGAAUAAAAGAGUUAAACGAGUGAAAGUGGGUUUUGAAUUUGGCAUUUUGUUGUUCGCUGACGAAAAUAAUGUGAAGAGUUUUAACGAGUCUCCGAACUCAGCUGGAAGCAGUACGUAUUCAUCAUCCGUUUUCAAUGGCAGUUAUAAUACGAAUAAUGAUACUAGACGACUGCGUCCUCGAAGAGGGCGUAAAGUCACACAAAAUGUACGUGAUAUAUAG